AUGUCUAGUUUCCUUGAAAAAAACGCAGAUUCAUCUAAAAAAUGGAUUAAAGAACACAAAUAUGUUGUCGGGUUCUCCAGUAUGCCCCAAUAUCCCGCAGCGACCUUGGCAGCCAAGGGGAGCAAAAACAAAGGCAUCGAUAUAGAGCACGUUGAAACCGUUGAAAAGCCUUCCGAGAAAGAAAACAAAAAAUCUCGGGUGCAGAAAGUCAAGCGACACUACAGACGAUUCUGGUGUUGCUAUCUUGUCGGUGGCAUCAUAUUCUUGGCAAUAUUUCUCCCUUUAUUUUUUAUUUAUGUUUUUCCAGCUAUUGCGCAGUUAAUGGUCGACAAUGCGACCCUGCCGAUAUAUUCGGCCAUAAUUAUGACUCCUCAACCCGACAAUGUCACAGUUUCUUUGCAAGCCGGAUUGACAGUACCAGCGGGAAUUUCCGUUGCACUCGACCCAAUCACUUUAUAUCUUUUUAAUCGUAAUGUGACGCCUAUUCAGCCCUACGUGGCUGUUAGCCUACCUGAACAACAUCUUAAGGGGAAUGCCCAUAUAGACAUCAGCAAUCAAACGGUCACGAUACUUGAUAAGAACCAAUUCAUCGCUUUCCUGACAAACGCGGUCUACGGUGAAAAGUUUACUUUGUCGGCUCGGGGCUCGACUAAAGCCCAUCUUGGUGCACUCAAGGCCAGCCUCACGCUAGAUAAAGACGUGGAGCUGAAUGGGUUGGACUCGCUAUCAGGGUUCUCUAUCGAAUCAGCCAAACUUGUCCCAAAAGAAAGCGAUGGAACUAAUUUACGCGGUGUUGCGGUGUUGCCAAACCACUCUAUCGUGACAUUUGCUCUGGGAAAUGUCACUCUCAACCUCAAUGUAGGAGACCUUCUUAUUGGUCAGGGUCUGAUUGAGAAUGUCGUACUUACUCCUGGCAAUAAUACGGUGGACAUCAAGGGCUCACUUUCGAUUGCUACUGUGAUCGAUAAUUUGGCCUCCAUUUUAUCAACUGAAAAAUCUGCCAUUUCCAACGGUGAUCUACAACUGUCAGCAUCAGGAAAUACGACUAUCUAUGAAGGCACUCAUAUUUCUUACUACGAGGAGAUACUCAACCAUCUCGUUCUUACAACGCAGAUACCUAUAUUAGAUGUUAUUUCCGAUACGCUAAAGGGACUUCUCGACUCUAAUACUACUCUUUCCGGGUUACUCAAUGGAACAAACGAGACUCUGGAGAGUGAUAUUUCUGGUAAAUUGGCAAAUAUAUCAGAUCUAUUUGAUGCGAGUGAUUUGAUGUCUUAA